AUGAAGGUCUCUUCCGUGCUCCCCGUCGCCGCCGUGCUGUGCGCCGCCACCAACGCCUGUCUCCUCCCGGAGGAGAUGGACGCGGAGCGGCACCUCGCCCUGCACGGCCGCUACCCCGACGACUCGCCGCAGGGUCUGCGCGCGCGCCAGGGCCCGGCAAACCCCGCCGCCACGGGCGUGCCCAUUGCUACCGGCGACCGCUUCGCCGGUGGCACUGUCGCCCCGCGCGGCCAGGCCACCGAGCCGCGCGCCAUCCCCUCCAUCAUGACCCCCGAGGAGGUCACCUCCGGCCUGCGCGCGCUGGCCGCCAAGUACACCGACGUGCGCUUCUUCGACGCGCCGCACAAGACGGUCGAGAGCCGCACCGUCUCCGGCAUCGUCAUCGGCAGCGGAAGUAGCGGACCGCGCAUCUACAUCGAGAGCGGCAUCCACGCGCGCGAGCGCGGCGGCCCGGACCACAUGAUCUACUUCCUGUCGGACCUGCUCUACGCGCGCGACGCGGGCACCGGCGUCACCUGGGGCGGCAAGUCGUACACGAACGCACAGGUGCGCACCGCGCUGUCCGCGGGCAUCGUGUCGAUCCCGAUGAUCAACCCGGACGGCGUGGCGUUUGACCAGCGGACGGGCCGCUGCUGGCGCAAGAACCGCAACACCGCGAGCGCGCGGGCCGGCGCGGGCGCGCCCAACGCGGCCGACAUUGGCAUCGACCUGAACCGCAACUUUGACGGCACCUGGGACUACCGCAAGGCGUUCCACCGCAACGUCGCCAACGGGCGGAGCCCGCCGGCGUCGGACAACCCGGGCUCCGAGGUGUUCCACGGCACCGCGCCCUUCUCCGAGCAGGAGACGCGCAACAUCGAGUGGGUCACCGGGCAGCACAGCAGCAGCCUCUCGUGGUUCCUGGACCUGCACUCCUUCACCGGCGUCGUGCUGCACAGCUGGGGCGACGACGAGGCGCAGACGACGGACCCCACGCAGCACUUCCGGAACGCGACGUGGGACGGCCGGCGCGGCCUCAAGGGCGACUUCCCGUACAAGGAGUACAUCGAGGUGGAUGACCUGGACGCGCAGAAGGAGACGUCCGUCGCCAUGGUCGGCGCCAUGAACGCCGCCGGCGACGGCGCUACCGUCACCUACUACGAGCAGCCGUCAGUCGACCUGUAUCCGACCGCGGGCACAUCCACCGACUGGUUCCUUGGCCGGUACUACGGCCGCAACUGCGGCGCCAAUCGCAUCAACGGCAUCACCAUCGAGUUUGGCAGGUCCAGCGGCGUUGCCGCAUGCGCCUUCUACCCGACCACCGCCCAGUUCCACAACUCGAUGCGCCAGGUUGCGGCCGGGCUCAUGGAGAUUGUCCUCGCGGCUGCGGGUCCGAAGGGUGACCCGAAGAUUCGGAAGUCUAAACGACAAGCGAUGAGGGCUGUACAGUAG